AUGGCAUUUGCUGCUGCGGAAACGAUCCUCAAGAAGUUGGCUCCCCUUGCUGCUGAGCAAGCAGGUCUCCUCUGGAGCUUGAAGAGCGAUUUCCUGAAACUCAAGAGCACGGUUUCCUCCAUACGUGCGGUGCUGUUGGAUGCCGAGAAGCAAUCGGGCGAGAACUAUCAGGUUCAAGACUGGCUCGAUAAACUGAAACAGGUGCUUUAUGAUGCUGAUGACUUGCUGGAUGAUUUCUCCACGGAGGCCCUGUUGAAGCUGCGGAGGAAUGAUGGGAAUCGCUGUCUGAAUGAGGUAUGCCUCUUCUUUACGCGUUCCAACCAAUUGGUUAGUGGUCUUGUGAUGGCACAUCGGUUGAAGGCCAUCAGGAUCAAGCUGGAUGAGAUUGAUGAGAAUCGGAGGAAGUUCAAUCUUGAAACCCGCCUCCAAGAUUCGGCUGCUGCUGCUGCUGCUGCUGCGAUCAGGCGCGAGAGGCAGACUGACUCCUUUGUUCCCUAUGGAUUUGUUGGGAGGGAGGAAGAUAAGAAGAAAAUAAUUGGUAUGCUAUCAUCGACCAACAAUGAGCAGAAAAUUGAGGUUAUUCCUAUUCUCGGAAUGGGGGGUCUCGGGAAAACCGCUUUGGCUCAGUGUAUCUACAAUGAUAAGAAUGUGUCUACUUGUUUUCAAUUAAAAAUUUGGAUAUGUGUGUCGGAUAAUUUCGAUCAAGUACUAUUGGCCAGGAAGAUGUUAGAGUCUAUAACCCGGCGUAAAGUAGAAGAUCUUGACUUGGACAUCUUGAAAGGGGAACUUAAGAAGGAGAUGGAUAAUAAGAGGUUCUUGUUAGUGCUAGAUGAUGUUUGGAAUCAUGGUGACUACAAGGGCAAUUGGGAUAGCUUGAUGAGUUUUUGGUUGCAGGUCGGGGCAGUUGGUAGCAAAGUUAUCGUCACUACUCGUCUUGGAGAUGUCGCGAAUCACUUCGCAACGAAGGGGAUUAAACCAUACAAGCUAAAAGGUUUAUCUGAGCAAGAAUCAUGGUUUUUGUUUGAACAAAUAGCAUUUAAGGGUGAAGUGGAAGGUGGUGAAAGAUUUGUAUACAUAGGGAAAGAGGUCAUGAGAAGGUGCGUGGGAGUUCCUUUGGCCAUAAGGGUGAUUGCAGGUACCCUUUCAUCUAAGAGCAACAUGGUUGAUUGGGAGGUUAUAAGAGAUAAACAAGCAUUGUUAGAUGGGGAUGAUGAGGGAAGGAUUUUGGGUACUCUUAGAUUGAGUUAUGACAAUCUGCCUUCUGAAUUGAAAUCGUGUUUUGUUUAUAGCAGCUUGUUUCCGAAAAAUUUUAACAUUGAUGUGAAAUUGUUGGUACAAAUUUGGAUGGGGCAAGGAUUUAUCAACUCUACCCAGUCGUCAUCUACUUUAUUUGAGGUUGGAGUUGAAUAUUUCAAGAGUUUGUUGUCCAGGUUCUUUUUUCAAGAGUCGAAAAGUGAUCGAUGGGGGAAUGUAAAUCGGUGUAAGAUGCACGAUUUGAUGCAUGAUGUCGCCCUGGAGAUCAUAGGUGAGGAGAUCAUUGCUUUAAAAGCCUCAGAUCCAAUGGAAGGUAGUGUCAACUUUGACAGGCUUCGACACAUAUCGUUCGAUUAUAAGGAAAAAUCGAGAGAAACAUGGAAAGCUUCACAGGCGUUGGCUAAUGCAACAAAACUGCGAACUUUUCUUCCUAUAAAUGUGUUCAUUUUUGGUAUGGGUUACAUCGAAGGGCUUAACUGUGAGAUGAUAGUCUCAAAUAAUACUAGGCUGAGAGUUUUAAGUCUCGACAGUGCUAAAUUGAAAAGUGUGCCCCGCUCCAUCCAUAAAUUAACACAUCUCAGGUACCUAAAUCUUGGUCACCUUCCUAUGAAGGUGCUCCCUACCGAGAUUACGGUACUAGUAAAUUUACAAGUGCUCAUACUAAAUUAUUGUGAGAAUCUCGAGCAAUUGCCAAGAGAUAUUGUGAAAUGGACUAAUCUCGAGUUUCUUAGCCUCGUUUGGUGUUCUAGUUUGAAAGGCUUGCCACUUGGUAUCGGGCGGCUCACUCGGCUGAGAGAAUUGUCUCUAUUCGUUGUGCCACCUGCAUCAUACUAUUCACAUGGAGCAGUCGCUGCUGGAAUCAGUGAGUUGGAGCAUCUUGACAAUCUAAGUGGGGAAUUGAAGAUUAAACAUCUGGAAUUGGUGAAAGAUGAGGCUGAAGCGAAGAGAACAAGUUUGUUUCGAAAGCAACAUCUUGAAGCCUUGACAUUGGAGUGGAGCAUCCGGAGACGAGUUUUUGAUGGCAGGGAUGUUGGAGUACUAAAGGCGCUGGAGCCACAUAAGAAUUUGAAGGAACUAAAGUUGGAUGGUUAUGGCGGUCACAGUCUACCUAGCUGGUUCUCUACUUCUCUCCAGAAUCUGGUUCGUUUGACGUUGUCUAAUUUAGCUCGCUUAAAGUACAUCGAGGAUGACGCUGGACAGUUUCUUCCCCGCCUGAAAUCUCUCUACAUUAACAACUGCCCCAGGCUAGUGAGCUGGUGGUCAACCACAGAGAUGGAAAUGAUGCAGUUCCCUUGUCUUUCAUAUCUCCGCAUUGAAAAUUGCCCGAAACUGGUACGACUUCCUCAAUUUUUGGCGGAUAUUGAAACGGUUGAAUUAAGAAAUCUUGACCGCAAACUGUUGGAGCAGUUUGUUGCCUCACUUCCACCACCCAGCUCCCCUUCGCGGAUCAAGAAUGUGACAAUUUGGGGGAUAAGAGGCCUUCGAAUUUUGCCGCAAGGUUUAUUGCCACAUCUUGCAUCCCUUGAAUAUUUGUCUAUAGUGCAUUGCCCGAACCUAACGAAUCUGUCUCCACCGGCUACUAGUAAACAACAUCAUCUCACUUCCCUCCACUUCUCUGCCCUUCCAAACCUCCGUCGCUUUUAUAUCUUGGCACUUCCAGGGAUGAAGAGUCUACCAGAGUGGCUUAAGCAUUCCUCUAACUUGCAGACGCUGUGGAUAGAAAGUUGUGGCGGUCUCAAGUGCUUGCCAAAAUGGCUACCCAAGCUCACAGCACUAGAUACUCUGAGAGUAAAAGACUGUCAUUUUCUAACAGCCAGCUUGAAGAGUAGAACGGCCGAGGACUGGCCCAAAGUUGCUCACAUUCGGAAGAUUGAUAUUAAUGGCACCAAAGUACAAAAGGACGGUAACUACAUGAGAGUAGAAGAACCAGCAGAAGUAAACCACCUUCAAGAACAUGAAACGGGUGGAGAAGAAGAAGAACAACAACAACAAGAACAAGAAUUAUUCAGUGAAGAAGAAGAAGAUGAUGAUAACGAGGUCGAGAGCGAGGCAGAAGAAGAUGAUUAUCAUGAGGGCGAGGGCGAGGAAAAAGCAGAAGAACUACCCUUGGGCAUUCCGUCUCCAAGGACGUGGUCAAAUUGCAUUGCGAGGCUCACUUGUAACCUGUUUCAGAGAUGCUUUCUCGGCUAG